GAGGGCCCGCUGGCGAAAUCAGGCGGCGUUGCAGGCUGGAGGCAGGGCUUGAGUGGAGUCACGGUGUCCACUGCGUCAGGCCUGCAGCUGCUGGCAUGCUCGAUGUACCUCCAGGGCGCCCUGGGACCCAGAGGCUUCAACCUCGACAGCUUCGCCGCCUUCGGCGGCACGGUGCUCCACCAGAGACCGCGGUUCAUUUCCGUCGUGGGCCUGGCCACCGAGACGUUCAGCACCAACGGGACAGAUUUGGCGGGGUGUGCGUUUGGCCUCAUUGUGGCCAAGCCGCCUGGGCUGGCGGCCCUUCACGCAGCCCCAGCGGGCGGCAGGCCGCUGGGUGCGGCUCGCACCGUCGUCGGCGACAUCGCGCUGCAGGCCGUGGGCACGGAGCAGCUGGUGGCCGCGCGGUCUGGCAGAGCAGGGCUGGAAGUAGUGCGCCGCCUCCGUGGCCAGCGCAUGCCCCUCAGUACUGCCCAGACGGCCUUCCUCGCUCCGAGCCCCAGCCUAGGGCGCCAGCUCGGGGCGUGCGGGAAGUCGCAAGGCUGGACCUUAUGCGAGACCUUGCAGGCCAGGAACCUCGGCUCGGGCCCCGCCAGCACGAGGUGUGGAGCACAUGAGGGCAGAGUCCGAGCUGCAGGAGCGCUCCGCCGAGCGCGCAGGCUGGACCCGAUCCACAAGGCUGGGCCCGCGGCAAGCAGGGUGCGCGGGCGCACGGUCACGGGCAACGCGGACGGCGAGUUGCACAGUGGGCGGCUGGCGGCCUGUCGCAGCGCAGGAGCACUUCCCUUGAGCGCAGAGCGAGGGCGGCGCAUGCGCUGUGCCGAGCUCAAGAGGAGGCGUAACCGGGAUCCUGCAGCCCUCAGGGCAGGCCACGCAGUCCAGAUGAUGGCGGGCCUGCUGCAGACAGGCGAGCUGCCGCCCAUGAUGAUGUUGAUGGAGCAGGGGCUGGAGGCGGCGGCGACCAGGCACGCAAGAGCUGACGCGCCAUGGAAGCACUACGCCUCCCCCCUCGACGCGGAGAUGCUGACCCGUGCGCGGAUCGACUGGCACUUCAAGUCUGAGCGGUGCAUGGUCACGGACCCUGGCGAUGAGCUCGACCUCAUGCACCUCGGGCCUCAGGGGCUGGGCUUGGAGGCUGGCCCAGGCGCUCGAAGUGCGUCUUUUCGUCACGAUGCGCGGAAGCUCAGCCACGACACUUGCCUGCUGGGGGCCUGCAUCUCCAACCCGCACUGGACGCAGGCCCAGCGGUGCGACAGAGGCCGCUGGCUGCCCGCGCCUGAGCCGCCGCAGGGUCGCCGCACCGACGCCAUGGAGGUGCGUGGUGUCCGCAGGCCAGCCGAUGAUAAGCUCAACGGCAAGCUGCACCUCGAAGGCUCGACGCUCGAGCCGCUGUUCGGCGCCUUGCGCUGCGAGGGCUGGGCCAUAGCACACUGCGACGGCGACGACAACCUGCUGGCAGAGGUCUACGGCGCAGUCGGGCGCGACCGCUGCCCGCAGCGGACGGCCAAGGACGGCGAGGACGUGGCGGCCUGGAUGCUCGCCACCCUUGCGAGGCCAGCAGUGGGGGAAGUCAACGUCGUUUGUUCGAGGCAGGCAGUGCUCGACGGGCUCCUGACGGAGGCCCAGAGGCGCGGCAACGAGCACGCCGACCGCCUCGCCGCGAUGGGCGCCCAGACGCAUGCAGUGGACAAGCUGACGGUUGUGCACCAGGCGCAGGCGGGGUUCGUGCAGGAACUCGGGCGCUGGAUCUGGCGGGCCGUCAUCCUCGGGCAAGGCGUCGAGGCCAUGGGCGGCGAAGGGCUCCCUGCUGCUGCCGAGCGGCGCCAGGCGCGUUUCGCUGACGCCGAGAGGUCUCAGGCAGCGGAGGAGGUCAUGGGCGAGGGACCGUCGGCCAAGCGGCCACGCUUGGAGAGCGCCCGCUCGACUGGCAGCAGCUCGGCAGCCCUUUCGGCCAGCGCAGUAGCCUUCAGCAUCCUGGGACAUGCCCUGUCCUACGCCUGCGCUGGAGAAGGUGAGGGCACCCAGGAGCUCGUGGCGUGCUCCAAGUGCGGUGCCUACAUGACGCUGGGCGGCCGCUCAGGGGUCAAGCCUCGCCUCAAGGAGCGGUGCCCAGGCGACAAGACCGACAAGGGCGGCAGGAACCAGCGCAGCCUGUGGCUACGAGGACUCCAUCCUGGAGGCAGGAGGCAAGAGGGGUCACGAGCUGCCAGGCACAGAGCGAAAGGAGAGGGCUUCCCUUCGCUCCGCUCGCAGGGUACAGUGCCUGAGCACGCGCAGGAGCGGUACCUGGAGUGGCUUGGAACGGCAGCGGUGCCAGCUGCAGACUCCUCGGCCACGGCGACCAGUGCAGGCAACGCCCCAGCGGCGGCUGCAGAGCCGCAAGUGGCCGCGGACCCAGGAGGAGGCCCACCGGAUGCAGCCGCCGCGGCCGGCCCUGCAGGCGACGCCCUGGAGGACCGCAGGAUGCGCCGCCGCGUGGCGCGCCGUGGCGGCCCGUCCGUGAGCAAGUGA